AGUAGGCAAUUUAUUGAAAACUGCAUUUAAACUCAAACAGGCUGUUCAUCAGCUGAUCAAAAGUUUAAGACCAUAGGCAUAAAAAGGUAAAAUCUGCACAAAAAUAUGGCUUUCGUGUCAUUGAUCUUCAGGCAGUCACACUGUCAUGAUCUCCUGAUGGCAAAGGCAAAAAGGCUUUCUCUCGUUGAACGUGGCAGGAUUGUUGAGCUGCACAACUCUCGCAACACGCCAUCGCUGCCAAGGUUGGACGCAUUAAGACAGUCAUUUUACAUUUCUUAAAAGAUACUUGCCGACUUGAGUUAUGGGACAAAAAAGUCAAAUGGUAGACCCAAAAAAAUUUCACCUGCACUGAGCCGCAGGAUCCGACGGGUUGUCCGUGAAGACACAGGUCGAUCCUCGACCCAAAGUAAGGCACUUACUGAUGCUGACUGUAGCCCAAUAACCAUAAGACGUCAUCUGCGAGAGAAGGGCUUCAAGAACAAAAAAUGUUUUCAAAGGCCUCGUCUCCUCCCACGCCACAAACUUGCCCGUUUGGAAUUUGCAAGGGAGCACCAAACAUGGGACAUUGAAAGGUGGAAGAAAGUUUUAUUCUCUGACGAGAAAAAAUUUAACCUGGACGGUUCUGAUGGCUUCCAGCGUUACUGGCAUGACAAGGAGAUCCCACCGGAGAUGUUUUCUACGCGGCACAGUGGAGGAGGCUCCAUCAUGAUUUGGGGUGCUUUUUCCUUCAAUGGGAAAAUGGAGCUUCAGGUUGUCCAGGGGCGUCAAACGGCAACUGGCUAUGUGGACAUGUUGCAGCGGGCAUCCCUCUUGACUGAGGGUCUGUGCGGUAAUCACUGGGUCUUUCAACAGGACAACGCUGCAAUUCACAACGCCCGCCUGACGAAGGACUUCUUUCAGGAGAAUAACGGUGCUCUUUUGGACCAUCCUGUGUGUUCUCCUGAUCUAGAUCCCAUUGAGAACAUUUGGGGAUGGAUGGCAAGGGAAGUUUACAAAAACGGACGUCAGUUCCAGACCGUGGAUGCCCUUCGUGAAGCCAUCUUCACCACAUGGAGCAACGUUCCCAGCAGCCUCCUGGGAACAGUAGCAUCAAGCAUGCCGAAACGAGUGUUUGAAGUGAUCAACAAGAACGGUGCUGUGCAACCAGUGGGCGAGCCUCUGACGAGUCACUUCCAGAAAGAAAUUGUUGGUGUGUUGCAGAAAUUCAUGUUGACAGAACACAGGCUCGUGUGGAACGGCCUGACACGUACUUGGACGGACAGUGAACGAGUUCUGCAUCAAAGAGUGAAUGCAGUGCCCUUUGUGUUAGUGGGAUCGAAUGAGAACACGGUCAAAGUCCUGUGCCCUCUGCAGGCCUCCGGAGUGCACAUGGAGAUCACCCACGAGAAGUUCCACCAGGUCAAUUACGGCCUGGGUGACAUCGUAGGACAAUACCUCAGUGGAGAGAAGCUUAAAGGGCAACUGGAGACUGAGGAAAUGCUCAAAGUGGGCACAACUCUUACAGGUGUAGGCGAAUUGAUACUGGACACAGACGGCACCCUGAAUCUUCGACCCCCUUCUAAUGAUUCACAGUACUUUUUGAGCAUUGCGGACUUUGACACCCUACGAAGAGAGCAAGAGAGCACGGCUGUUUUGUGGAAGGCGCUGGCCAUUGCCUCUGUUUUGGCAGGGGCAGGGGUCCUCCUCUGGAUCGGUCGGCGCUACUACUACCAACUAAAAGUUCGGUGGGCGCGGGAGCAGGAGAGGAGGGAAUUUGAGAGACUGCAGGCCGAAGCCCCAAGAGCGCGUGCUCCAGCAACGGGCCCAGAGGCCUCUCAAGACGGGGUAGAGGAACACAUAGAAAAUGCCUGUGUGAUUUGCCUCUUUCGGCCACGUGACUGUAUUCUGUUGGACUGUGGGCAUGUGUGCUGCUGCCACAGCUGCUACCAGGCCCUUCUGCACCCCCAAUGUCCUAUAUGUCGACAGACCAUCAGCAGAGUGGUGCCUCUCUACCAUGUCUGAGGCACCCAAGUGACUAUAUGAUCUCAGUGGAACGCCACCACCAUACAAACUGUAUCAGCUUUACACAUCAAAAGGUCUAAACUGCUGCACUUACACCUUUAACAGUCAAAGAACAUACUGUAUGUAUUGAGAAAACAUUACAAUUCACUGUAGAGUUUUAUUGAGGUACUUGUAUCUGUAAUUGCAUUUGAAAAAUUUGGAAAUUUGGAAAAUGCAUUAAUUGGAAGAAAGGGUGUACAUUUAUUCAACAGAGAUAUUUAUUUUCCUAUAAGUUUGUUCUGUGCCUUAUUUUGGUAAUUUAUAUCUGCUGCUGUCUGAGAGUGAUUGUAAUAUAUGUGUCUGAAUAAAUUGGGUCAUACGGAGCUACGUUUGUGUUUCAACUACUUUCAGUUAAACAGUCGAGUCACUGGAAGUUACUUAAGUGCCGAGAUGAAGCAUAAGUGUUAAGGUGUAAUUAAUACACUACAAUCAAGUGGAAGUGUGUUAAAUGUUGGUAAUUUAAAAGAAAAUCGAAUAAAGCAUCACUCUUUGAA